AGGGCACCCAAAAUCCACAGAAUCCGAGGGAAAGCGACACCGCAGCCACCCCUGACGACAAGCGAUCUCAAACCACCAUUUCCAGAUAUGGUUACCAUUGGCGCAUAAGCGGCAACUGACCGGCAGAGGCCUGGCUUUCGAUUCGUAUUCCUCAUCUGGCAGUUGAUUUCGAAUGAAACUACGAUGCUGGCGCGGACAUGGGGCCCAUGAUGAGGACUGGUUGCCUCAGCCCGGCAAUGAGGAGGGACGGUGUAUAUAUGGUAAGGUAUCCAGCAGCUUAGACGUGAAUGUACCCGAGUCUCGCAUGCCCUGCUUCGCUUUUCACUCAGUGCUUUCUGCCUGUAUUGGACCCUCUGGUUCCUAGCCACUCAAACAAGGAAACGCAAACGCCAUCGCGCGUGUUGUUCGGCCCAGAUGGGUCUCGACGCCAGCAACAUCGUCGCCGCCGUGGAAAUCGCCGUCUACGUGCCCGCCCUAAUCCUGUCAAUCUUGCUCUGCAUCCGCCAUGGCUUCCGUCGCAGCUCUGGAUGGUUCUACCUCUUCGCGCUCUGUCUCAUCCGCAUCGUCGGCGGCGCCUGCCAGCUUGCCACGCUAUCGAACGAUUCCAUCGGCCUCAUCGAAACCGCCAUCAUCCUCGACCGCAUCGGCCUCACACCCCUGAUGCUCGCAACGCUGGGGCUGCUCUCAAGAUUGUACGUCCUCCUUCCCUUAGUUCCUGCUUCUGGUAGCUCUCAGCAGCUUACACAUGAACUUUUGUCCCUCUGCAGAGCCGACUGGAUCAACCAAGCCUCGGCCACCCCCUUCCUCAGCACCCUGUACUUCCGCCUGGUCCAGCUGCUCAUCGUGCUGGGCGCCGUGCUCAGCAUCGUGGGCGUGACCAACAGCAUCGACGACUCGAGCGCCGCGGCGGCCGCGCAGAGCGGCUCGAGCUCCGCCAUCUCCGACGCGGCAGUGAUCAUGUACGUGGCAGCGUACGUGGGGCUGGUCGCGAUCCUGCUGGUCUGCGCGCGCGCGGCGGCGAGCGCGGUGCCCAAGGGCGAGCGCGUCGUCGUGCCGGCCGUGUUCGCCGCGCUGCCCUUCCUCGCCGUCCGCCUGCUGUACCAGCUCCUGACCGUGUUUGUGCACUCGGGCGUGUUCGUGCGCGUCGGCGGGCCCGUCGGCGUCCGCGUUGGCAUGGCGCUCGCCGAGGAGUUCGUCGUCAUUGCCAUCUACCUGCUCCUGGGCUUCCGCCUGGACCGGAUAAGUGCGGACCAGCAGGGCCCCGUCAUGUCCCGCCCCUGGAAGGAUCGGGACGACGGCGGGCGCCGCCGCCGCCGCCGCCGCCACGGGGAUAGCAGGACCGAUUAUGCCUAUGAGCGCAGCGCGCUGGCCGAGGACUAUCCCAUGGAGGAGCAUGAACGUUCACAGAUGCAUGUGUAGGGGUAUCCUGUGCGGUGACGGCGUUGAGGUGAUAUCGCUGGAUAGGCUUGGAGGGCUGGGGCACCGGGGUGCUUUUGUCGGGCACUAGCAGCUUGGUUAUUACGACAGGGAUAGACAGUUACUGGCAUUGCUUUGUUAGUAUGAAUGGAACGGAACCACACUUGGAUGUACGCAGCGAGCAUCGCAGCUGGCUCUGCGAAAGGACCGAAUCAAUGACCACAAGAUAGCCUGU